AGUAAAUAAAUGACUAUACACUAAAGAGCUCUAUUUCCUCUGUUUUUAUUUUCCCUACCUUUUCUCUCUGACCCCAGCCUAAGAAUCGAUCCUCUUAAUCGCACGAAACCUUCGAUUUGGUCAGAUGAGUUCGUUUUCAAUCACGCGCAAGAAAACCCCUUUCCAGAAGCACAGAGAAGAGGAAGAAGCCAAGAAGAAGAGGGCGGAGGAUGAAACAGCUCGAUUGUAUGAGGAGUUUGUGGCGUCAUUUCAAGGAGAGAAUGCUCCAGGGUCGAAGGCAUUUGUUCGUGGUGGAACAAUCAAUCCCAAUGAGAGAUUGAAGUCCGAUUCCGAAGGUGAAAAGUCCAAAGAUGGGGUGUCUGUUCCAAAGAAGGGAAGUAGAUAUGUUCCAUCUUUCAUACCACCUCCUAUGGCAGCCAAGGGAAAGGAAUCUGAGAAGAAGGUGAAUUUUGUUAAUGAAAUUAUGAAGGAGGAGGAAAGGCUGAAGGAGAAGGAGAAGGGAAAGUCUCGAAACAUUGAUAAUUUUAUGGAGGAGCUGAAGCAUGAACAAGAGAUGAGGGAGAGGAGAAAUCAGGAACGUGAACAUUGGCGUGAUGGGCGUCAUACUGACAGUUCUGCUCCAUCCAGUCGGUUUGAUGAGCUGCCUGAUGAUUUUGAUCCAAGUGGAAAACUGCCUGGAUCAUUUGAUGAUGGUGAUCCUCAAACAACAAAUCUCUAUGUUGGAAAUCUGUCACCAAAGGUUGAUGAAAAUUUUCUUCUGCGAACUUUUGGAAGAUUUGGGCCUAUUGCUAGUGUGAAGAUUAUGUGGCCUAGGACAGAGGAGGAGCGAAGACGGCAAAGAAAUUGUGGCUUUGUGGCUUUCAUGAAUAGAGCUGAUGGACAAGCUGCAAAAGAUGAAAUGCAAGGAGUUGUUGUCUAUGAAUAUGAGUUGAAAAUUGGGUGGGGUAAAUCUGUUGCUCUUCCAUCACAAGCAUUACCUGCUCCCCCACCUGGACACAUGGCUAUCAGGAGCAAGGAGGGUGGUUCUAUAAUCUUAUCUGGUCCUUCAGGCCCACCGGUGACAUCUGUUCCGAAUCAGAAUUCUGAACUGGUUCUUACUCCAAAUGUUCCAGAUAUAAUGGUCGCUCCACCUGAGGACAGUCAUGUCCACCAUGUGAUUGAUACAAUGGCUCUUUAUGUUCUUGAUGGAGGAUGUGCCUUUGAACAAGCUAUUAUGGAGAGGGGUCGUGGCAACCCUCUAUUCAACUUUUUGUUUGUGCUUGGCUCAAAGGAACAUACUUACUAUGUCUGGAGACUAUAUUCUUUCGCUCAGGGUGAUACUCUUCAAAGGUGGCGGACAGAGCCUUUUAUUAUGAUAACUGGUAGUGGAAGAUGGGUACCACCACCUCUGCCAACUACAAAAAGUCCGGAGCAUGAAAAGGACUCCACUGCCACAUAUGCUGCAGGAAGAAGCAGGCGGGUGGAGCCAGAACGAACACUUACUGAUCCACAAAGGGAUGAAUUUGAGGACAUGCUACGGGCAUUGACAUUAGAGAGGAGUCUGAUAAAGGAAGCUAUGGGUUUUGCUUUGGAUAAUGCUGAUGCUGCUGGAGAGAUAGUUGAAGUUUUGACAGAGUCUUUGACACUUAAAGAAACACCUAUUCCAACUAAAGUUGCAAGGCUAAUGCUUGUUUCUGACAUUCUUCAUAAUAGCAGUGCUCCUGUUAAAAAUGCAUCUGCAUACCGCACCAAAUUUGAAGCAACAUUGCCUGAUAUAAUGGAGAGCUUUAAUGAUUUGUACCGCAGUGUAACGGGAAGAAUCACGGCCGAGGCCCUUAAGGAACGGGUUCUGAAAGUGUUGCAAGUAUGGUCAGACUGGUUUCUUUUUUCAGAUGCAUAUGUGAACGGACUGCGAGCCACUUUUCUUCGAUCAGGAAACUCUGGUGUGGCCCCGUUCCAUUCUAUUUGUGGUGAUGCACCAGAAAUUGAAAAGAAUACUAGUUCAGAAGACGCGGGUGAUGGGAUUAAGGGCAAUCAAGAUGCUGCUUUGGCAAUGGGCAAAGGUGCAGCUAUGAGGGAGCUAAUGGAUCUCCCUCUUGCUGAGCUGGAAAGACGUUGUAGACAUAAUGGAUUGUCUCUUGUUGGUGGUAGAGAAAUAAUGGUUGCACGACUGUUAAGCCUGGAAGAUGCAGAAAAGCAGAGAAGUUAUGAACUAGAUGAUGACUUGAAGCUUGCACAAAGCCGAUCAAGUUCUUGUAGAUAUUCUAGUGGUCAGAGAGAUAUAAAUGCUGAAGCAGAGCCAGUGGGAUUGUCUGGAUGGACUCAUUAUGCAGACAAUGAGAUCCAUUCACAGCGCAAAGGUUCUGUACCUCUGGCUGAAACCCUUCCAAUCCCACAGCCUGAAAUAAAAGCAUUCUUAAAGAAAGAGAAAAUCGAUCCUGUUUUGCCAGCCUCUAAAUGGUCUCGAGAAGAUGAUGACAGUGAUGAUGAAGAAAAAAGAAGCACUAGGGGUCUGGGGUUGAGCUACUCGUCUUCUGGAAGUGAGAAUGCUGGUGAUGGUACUAGUAAGGCUGAUGAAUUGGAGUUUGGAACUGAUGCAAGCAUUCCAGCUCCAUCUGAAAGUGCAAUGAAUGAAGAGCAGAGGCAAAAGUUGAGACGUCUGGAGGUUGCUUUGAUAGAAUAUCGAGAAUCCCUUGAGGAGCGGGGAAUUAAAAGUGCUGAGGAUAUUGAGAGAAGGGUUGCAGCGCAUCGGAAACGGCUAGAAUCUGAAUAUGGUUUAUCAGAUUCUAGUGAAGAUAUUUCAGGAAGAAAAAGAACAUCUUCAGAGAGGAGAGAAAGGCGAGAUGAUGCGCACGAUUCUUCAAGAAAGCGGCAUCGCAGUCAAAGCCGAAGUGAGAGCCCUCCACGGAAAUCAUCAAACAGAGACAGGGAUAGAGAAAACGAUUCAGUUAAUGACCGGGAAAAGCACAGGGAUAGAGAUAGAGAUAGAUCUCAUGAUCUGGAAAGUGAAAGGGGGAGAGAGAGAGAGCGAGACCGUCGGGAAAAGAGUGGAAGCAGAGAAAGGGAUGAUCAUGAUAGGGAUAGAGGCAGAGAGAGAGAUAGGGAUAGGAGGAGGCGAAUAAAAUGAGGUUUUUAGUUUGUGGCAUACCUUACCUCCGCUUUCUUUUUGAGCAUUAGUUGGGUGUGCUUAUGGGCUGUUCUUGACCCAGUUGGUUUCUCAUCUCGGUAGUAUGGUUCGAGAUGAAUAGGUGGCUUGGUUUGUGUUUGGAGGCUGCAGCACAUCUGCCAUUAGAAAAUUGGUUACAAAACAAUGCUGAAGUGCAGAAAUUCCAUUUGUGGGAGCCCAUGAGAUUAAAUCUGGUUCUUGUUGAACCAUAUUGUAGCAAAAUGUAUUUUUAUUACCCUUACUUUAUAAUUUAAUGGUUCUCUUUGAUGCUUUGAUUAUUA